AUGCAGACACGACGCUCUCACCGAAAGUCUCGCACAGGAUGUACAGAGUGCAAACGGAGAAGAAUCAAGGUAUAUCCCUGCGACGAGCUAUACCCGUCAUGCUUAAACUGCCAGCGUCGUAAGCAACGCUGCAGCUUGGCUAUAUCCCGCGCUUCUACUGCCGACAUCGAACCAGUCCGGCCUUCCCGCACCUCAGACAGCGAAGACCCCUCCAGAUCGGCAUGGCCUUCAUUCCCUGCCUUAAUAAACAUCGAGUUUCCGCUAACCCCGCCGGCGCUACCUGCUAUCUGGUACGGUGGAGUGGAACUAAUGCACCAUUAUUCUACUGUCACUGCCGAAACCUUGGCCAUUCGCCCCGAUAUGCAGAAUGUCUGGCGCACGAUCGUGCCAGAGAUGGGGUAUCAAUCACCUUUCGUUCUCCACGGCAUCCUCGCUGUCGCCGCUCAGCAUAAGGCCCACCUCCUUCCUGGAGUUAGAGACAAAUACCUUGACAUGGCAGCUUAUCACCAGGCAAUUGGACUGAAAGGCUUCCGCGCGGCUUUGCCUAAUGUUAACGACAAUAAUUGGAAACCCUUCUUCUGCUUCUCGUCCAUCAUUGUUAUCUAUGUGUGCUCCUUACUAGGACAGGUGGAUGAGCGGGGCACUGACACUGUUCCCGAUAUUUUGAAGCUCUUUGUUAUGAUACGGGGCCUUCGCGCUACGCUACCGAUACGUGAUUCUCAGCUCGCGGGAACAGAGCUAGCACCCUGGUCUCACGGCGUCUGGAUUCUUGAUGAACAAGACGCAAGCCUUUACGAACAGGAUCCGUCACCGAAUCACAGUCGACUUCCUCAAGACGUCUUCGAUGCUCUUCGGCGUCUGUCCGGCUUUUUCAGUACGCAUCUUCCCGAAUCCAGCAGGCAGGAUUAUGAGGAUGCCGUUAUACUCCUCAGGAAAGCGGCGACUUUAAUUGUGCACGCGGGUACUCGUGUUGAGAUCGGCAUGGUUAUGUUUUUCCCAUAUGUCAUUCACGAAAACAUCAUCUCAGACAUCCAGGCUGCCAACCCUUACGCUAUGUUACUACUGUCUUAUUUUGCCCUGCUUCUAAAGUCUAUGGAAGAUCAGUUCUGGUUCAUACGUGGCUGGCCUGCACGAUUAUGGGAGGCUGCCGACGAGCGGUCUAAGUUCCACCCCAAACUGAAAACUAUGCUAAGAUGGCCGAAAGAACAAGCUCUCAAAUUAUACACGUACUAG